CCCCAUCCCAUUCAUAUCCUCCUCGGUUCGCUCAAAUUAAUAUAUUAUUAUAUUAUUAUUACUCUAUCAACACCUUAGACCAUGGACUGAGAAUAAUAGCAGCAUACUAAUGCCUAUUGUUGAGCACCUUUGACUCUCUCAUUCAUUCUCAUCUCAUUUCCUACCCCUACAGUCCUACUAGGCUUCUAUAUAUAUACAUGCCUAGUCUAUACCCUCAGUCAAAAGAUAAGACAGAAACAGAAAUAAUAAAAGAAAAUGCCCGAAAUCCUCCUCCCAGACACCUCGUCCAUCACCUCCUCAACAGCCUCCUCUCUCCUCCUCUACACCGACCACCAACACCAAACAACCCUCACCAGGCGCAAAUCCCUCCCUCUCCGCCGCUUAUCAGUCUGGCUCUCGCGCCGUAUCUCCAAGCAGGGAUUAAACGCCACCUACGAUAACAACCACAACCACACUCACGCUCGGACUCAAGAUGGAAACUACACCGACUAUGACGCCCAAAAAAUCAUGUCCGACCUUACCCUCAACCGUGAGCAUGGCCGCAACCGCAACCGCAAGAUACAGGAAUACGAGGCCGAGCGCAAUCUCUCCGAAUCCUACGCGGCGUAUUGUCGGGCUUUCACGUCCGCGGGCGAGCACCUCUACCACCAGAAACGCAGGACGUGGAUGAUGGACGGCGAGGCGGAUCUGACGAUGAUUUCCGAGGAUUCCAUGCAUGCACAUGGACAUCCCGAGGAUGAGGGAGGUGUGCUUGAUGAGAAACGGGAGAUACGGGCCCUACCCGCCGAGGAAGAACCCGAACCAGCACCCGAAGCUAUACCCGCACCCGACACCAAACUAGAACUAGAGCUAUCGCCGCCGCCUCACAUCCUCACACCGUCGCUGUACGUGGAGAUGCGCCGCGCGGCCAGCGACAAGAAACGAGCCAGGAAACGGCUGCGCGAACGCCGGUUAUGGUCGUGGUUCACUUGCAUUCGUCAACGAGAGUCUCGCUGACGCACCUUUUUAACUUUGGUGGUGGUGGCUCAGGCAUUGGCUCAGCUGUUGACUCUGGGAAUUGGCUUACAUUGGCUUAUCAUGAUACCCAAUCCGCCGAAUCAUCUUGCGCAUUAGAAUCAUAACAAUAACAAUAAUAAUAAUAAUAAUAAUAAAUUUAGAC